AUGUCUAACCUUCCCGCGCCGGACUUCAAGGACCCCAAGCAGGUGGCUGCUUACAAUGCGCGCGUGCUGGCAGAGAUGGAGGCGGAAGAGGAAGAGUUCUGGGCCAAUUAUAACCCCAGGACUGACCUUCCUACAUGGACUGACGAGGAGAUGGAGGCUCAUCCACUUUAUAUGACGCAUACGCCAACAGAAGAAGAAAUGAAGACCAAUCCGAAUCUUCUAGCGUUGGAGAGUCUCAUAGAGGAAACCCCAGCGCGGGAACGGUGCGAGAAUUUCAAGGAAAGAGGGAAUGAGCAGAUGAAGGCCGGCCUCCUGGACGGUGCCAUCAAGGCUUACACGAAUGCCUUGUCGGUCCACUGCGAAGAUCCCAAGUUGGAUGCUAUUGUCCAUUCGAAUCGGGCGCAGGCGUAUCUAAAGCAGAAGAAGUACAUCCAGUGCAUAUCGGAUGCUCAGCAAGCUCUAUCGUUGGACCCGACACAAGUGAAGGCCGCCUACAGAGGAGCUGUGGCCUGUAUGGAAUUGCAGCUCUUCGCCAGAGCAGCGAAGUUUGCCCGGAGUGGGUUGAAGACUGAUCCGGAUUCCAAAGAUCUCUCGAAAGUGAUGGGGCAAGCAAUAGACGAGUUGAAGAAGUCUCGGGAACGACGUGAGAAAGAAAAGUUAGACGAUCAUGGCGAAACGGCUGAGGUCGAUUCUGCGCUCGAGGAUCGGUCCGUAUCCAUCGGUCCUGUGAUAUACGACUUCUGCAGUCAGUACGGGUCUAGUUCACCAGUCCUUGAACACUCUAGCGGGCUCUUGCUCUGGCCCAUACUCUUCCUCUACGAUUCCGUGAUGCAGACGGAUUGGCAGAAAUCUGUCAGAGAGGACGUUAAGCUCAAGCAAGUCGCGAAGGAUAUGUUUCCAAACAGAGGAUGUGUUCCCUGGGACACCAAAAAGGAAUUCGUCUAUAGCAACUUUGUAGCGUACCUCGAGUGCUACGCCGAGGAGAGUGACGAUACUGUCGUGAUGGUGAAGCUGAACACCAUGAAUAUGAGGUUGGGGAAAAUCCUUAAGGGCAGGCGUUUGGUGGGCAUGGUAGUGUUCCAUUUGAUACCAAAGACGGAUGCUGCUACUAUGAAACGGUUCGAAGACGAGAACCGUAUAGAAACGCUCCAAGAAAACUAACGUGCAGCUCAGCCACUAAACGUCAUCGUAGUUUGUUCCCUACUGUCCAGAUUAAACAACUCAGUUUCUUCC